GCGAGUAUUCUUUGUCGAGCAACAUUUUUGUUUCCCAUGACCACGGCUUGGAAGAGAUAUAACUUAAGUAAAGUAUUCGGGUUCGUCCUUGUCUGUUCGUUCCUGUUGGUGUAGAUAUAACAGAAGAUGAAGAAGUGGGACAUCAGUCUGGACGGUUCAGGGAGCAACAGCGCGAGUACGGAUCUGGAGGAAGCACAGCGCUGGGUAGCUGACGUUGGGACGUCGGCGAGCCCGUCCUGCGAGGAUGGCGAGGAUAAUUCACUCUCGGCGCCCUCUCGCGACGCCACUCUCGCGAGUUCACUCUCUGCGAGUCUCGCGGCGCCACUCUCGCUGCCACCGGUGGUUGGCACAACUACAACUACCUCGGGCCCGCGGAUCUCAACCGGGCCGGCGCCCGCCAUUGGCGUGGACGAUUUGCCCGGCGGCAACCCGCUGCGAAAAAGCACCUCCUUCUCAACGGAUUGCACUCUGGAGCACUCCGUUCCCGCGAUGAUAUCCCGCCGCGACAGCGUGCAGUCCCUCUGCGAAAAGUCGCGGUCAGUCGUGCCCGAUCUUCACAAGCGCGCAGGAGGAGCUACGCAGCACGUGGUGGUAAACGUGCCGGGCGCGGUUGGAGGUGGUGGUGCCAGUAAUCUACUUCCGAAUGCAGCUUCUACCACCACCGCCGUCGGGGGCGGCGGCGCCGACCCGUCACCGACGGAUACCCUGGGUAAUUCCAACAAAACCCCGUUUCUGGACCUGGUGCCCGGGCUGGUGAUGCACGACUUUUACCACACGCCCGGGGAGGAGGAGGACGCGGACUGGGAGCGGUUUCUAGAGAACCUGCAGGAGUGUGUAUAUGCCUACGAUGCCCUGUAUGCAUUGUGCAAAUUAUAUGUCUGGGUCUGGAAGGAUGGAGCUUGUCAUGCAAACUCUCGAAAACACCAGGAUCAAUCUUUGUUGUAUGACUUGCAAAAGAUACCCACUUAUUUGUGCCAAGCGAAAGGCGUAUUUUUCAUGAGUGAGAGGCAUAGAGAUUAGAGAAGGUCCACCCACAAAAUGAAUCUGUGAUGCUUCUGUGUGUAUUCCAGACCAGGUGCGUGGUCCGCGAGAUGCAUGAUCGAAAUGUUGCGAUUAUCUUCCAGACCCAGACAACAUGCUUUGCAUUUGAUACCCUGGCGACCCACGAUCGGCUGCCCCACUUCGAAUCCGAGGGGUUGGACCCGGUGCCGCUGUGGGAGCUGAUCCACCGGCUGGAGAAGGACCCGGUGAAUGAUCCCCAGAUCCCGCAGAUCACCCCGCAGCUGCUGCACUUCGCCUGGGAAGGUUUGAAGAAGGACCAAAAAACCAUCCAGAACGCGUUCCAUGGCCGUUUCAAGCACAUCCGCGGGGACGCGCCGCUGCCCAAGCUGGGUUACGUGAAGGCGCGGAUCGGGCGGGGGGAGCGGGUCACCAACUCGCUGUUCGUGCCGCGGAAGCACCAGGUGUCGACUUCGCAGUUCACGGAAACGCUGAAAACGAAAUGGAACCUGCAGAAGCCGAGCAUGUACAUUAAGCUGGACUUCGGCACUAUGGAAGUGUCAGAAUCGAAAUUGUCAAAAUCGAAAAACUUGUGAUGCACAAAAUCGAUGCCAGUUAGACCCACAGUCUGUAGUCGGCGCAUGACAAAUUCUCCUCGGCCUGGAAGCGAAUCUGUCAUGCGGUUUAGGGCAAAAGAGCUGCCUUCUGUCAUGCUAGUCAGCAGCCCAAAACUUAACCCGUACCAGGACUACAAUCCGCCUUCCUUGCAUACUCUGCAAUAGAGUCGCUUUCUGCAUAGCAUUUUAUGCAUUACAGAUUAUUUCGAUUUUGUCGAUUUCGAUCCUGACACUCCCAUAGGCACCAAGCACCCGUGUGCGCUGUCCACGUCGGAGCUGCUGCAGGAGCCGGCUUUCAAAUCGAUCGUGGAGCAGGCUUCCUUUCAACUGAACAAGAAGGGCGGGGUGAUGCGGAAGCGGGGCGGCCCGCAGGACUACAUGGCGCUGGAGCGGACAGUAUGCAUUGCAAAUAUGUAUGGGUCUGGAAACUUGUGAUGCUAAUUUGCGAAUGGUGGGCGCACUGCAAUGUGCAGCCCAGCAUGACAAGUUUUUUGUGCGGUUGUGUGUUUCGUUUUUCGCAUGACAAGCUGCGCUUUUGCAUGACAGGCGAGAGGCCCUUUUGCUGCUCAUGCAUCACUGAUUUGAGAGUCAUGCCAGACAAACAUGACAAACUUGCAUUUUCUUCCAGACCCAGACAUGUUUUACAUUUGAUACACCGCGAGCUGCGAGGCGCUGGAGGAGGAGAAGGAGCACGCAUUACAGGUGGCGCAAGAGGUGGACGAGGUGCUGUUCAGCCGGUUGGUGAACGUGCUCACGGCGGUGCUGCAGGCGGCCUACAUGAGCAACAUCUGGGUGGUGGUGGACCGGACCGACUCCACCAAGUCCAGCCCCACGUCCGAGCUGCUGCUCGAGCUGGCGCUGCAGAAGUGCGACAAGCUGCCCGUGGUGCUCUGCCUGGAUUCGCUGCAGCGCUACCAGCAGUUCCGGCCCAGCUUCCGCGUGAACGAGCAGCUGUUACACCUGUUCAAGCUCUCUUCGCAGGCCAAGCCCUUCGACGAGCCCACGGAGUGCCACGGCGUGCACACCUUGUACUCCCCCAGCGACUUCCACGAAUGGAAGUCCUACCAUUUCCGCGUGCCGCACGAGGAGUUAUCAAAUGCCAAUAUGUAGCUAGUUGUCUGGGCCUGGAGCUGGAAAAAAUGAUUUGCGGGACGAUUUGAUGCCGUGCAUGCUUGUCCUCUGGCAUGACGAUGACUCUGAGCUCUGUAUUCAAAAUUUUCCACCAGACCCAGAUCAUAUGUUUGCCAUGCAUAAGAGUACGCGCCCUCCCACUUCGGGACGAAGGAGGAAUACGAGACCUGGCUCGCCGAGGGGGACCGGCGGCUGCCGCGGAAGCCGGAGGACGCCAUGGUGCAGACAGACGAGCACCACGUGAUGAUGCGCACGCACGUAUCGUAUUUAAAAACGUCCCCACCCCAGAGUUGUCAUGCAAGUCUGCAUGCUGAAAAUGUUUGUCAUGCGGAGUCCCAUGAAACGCAUUUUCCAGUCGUGUUUUGGAAUUUGUCAUGCUCCAAUCAGCAGGAUAUACUAGAUCUGUGAUGCUGCUCAGAUAGCUCAAACAGCACUACACUACGAGUCAAAAUUUGUCAUGCAAAACAGCCAAAGCUUGUGGAUUUGUCUAGCCGAGUCACCAUCUUGGCUAUGGGGUGGGGACGUUUUUGCACAGGAUAGCACGACGGCCGGCGGCUGGUCACCCCGCAGAACAAGUGGCUCUACCACUACCGCCAGUACCUCUACGGGUCCGCCACGCACUACUGCCUCUUCGAGAGCGCGACGGACUCCUCGUUACCCCUGGAAAAAUUUGGCGGGGAGGGCCGCAUCUUUGCGCACGGCGGGAACCUCAGCUUCGACCGCAUGGUGGACUGGAUCUCCCGGGGGAAGCCCACGGUGAUUUUGCUGAACACGGGCGGCGUCGCGCAGAGCUUCGGGUCCCUGCACUACUGGUGCGUCACGAAGAAGGCGCACCUGGAAAACAUCCAGCCCAACGAGUGCGCGCGGCGGCAGCUGAUCCUGGAGAAGGUGUCGCUGGUGUCGCGCGAGCCGUGGGCGCGGAAGUUCGGGCUGCCGCAGAUCAUGAUGAUGCAGGAGCUGGAAAAGCGAGCGCCGGACGUGAUGCGCAAAUCAGUGAUCGUCGUGGACGGGUUGCUACCCUGUGCAAAAGAGUAUCGCACUCGUACUUUCACUAAUUGCAAUCAGGCAUUACAAGCCUCGAAAUUAUAGCUAAAUCCGCAUUACAAAUUUCCAUUUCUCAUGCUGAGGAAAUUUGUCAUGCGAUUUCUACUAGUGUGUGCGCGAUGCUUUUGCAAUUCAUAGUUGCGGGAGGGUCCCGAAGCGGUGGUGGAGAAGCUGACGGGGUGCUUCGCGCAGAGCAGUCUGGGGCUGCCGGAGCUGGGGCUGGGCACCGCGGAGGAGGACGUGGUGAUCGAGGCCUGGAAGAUGCACAUGACCCUGAUCAAAAACGCCAAGGUGUUUCGCAAGUGGGCGGAUCUGCUCUACCUGCUGCAGCUCAUGUAUGGAUGUGUCAGGUUUGAAAUCGUCAGAGUUGAAAUAGUUGGCCAUGCAUAAAAUGGAUGCCAGUUGGAGCCCAGUUUUCAAGUGGCGCAUGACAAGUUUUGGUGGUGCCGAAAUCCAGUCUGUAAUGCUGUUUGGGUAAGGAAGACGCGUUUUGUCAUGCUACUUUAGCAGCUCUAUUUCUACCCCUCAACAGGCUUUUAAUCUGCCUCCCUUGCAUACUCUGCAAGACAGGCACUUUGUGGGUUUCGUUUUAUGCAUCACAAAUUAUUUCAACUUUGACGAUUUCAAUCCUGACGCUUCCAUAUCAUGCUGGGCUGGUUCGGGGCGUUCUUCUCCGUGUACUUCAGCGUGCACGUCGCGCGCGAGUGCGUAUGAGAGUGCACAACUCCCCCUCCCCCUCAUUUGUCAUGCCAAACCGCAAAUCCAUUUGCUGCCCUGUGGCGCCAUUUGCAUGACAAAUUUCAGAAGCCCAAUCAGUACUUCUACCUUGGGCCCGUGAACUUGUCAUACACAGGCUCCAGGAGUGCUGGCAUUUGUAUUGCUGUUUAUGCCAUACAAUUGAGGGGGAGGGGGAGUUGUGCACUCUCACAGUGCGCGGGUGACCAGCACAAGUGCGGGGACAGCGAUUUUCUCUACCUCGCCCUCACCAACUUCCUGCUCAUCAUCCCCAUCGUCGCGGGCGCCCUCGGGGCCUACGUGUCGCACCGCCGCUACCUCCAGAAGUGGGGGGCGACCUACACCGCGGCCGGGCAGAUUGUGUCGGAGAUCUACAUAUCGAUCGCAAAUAUGUCUAAGUCUGGGAGAUAACUGCGAGAUUUGUCAUGCUAAUCUGGCAUGACAGAGAGAGACUCUGAACUCUGUCGCGCUCGGCUUGCUGGCCGGGCUGUACCGAUCAGGUGUGGUGGGUAGCUCCCGACUGGUUGGUACUUUUCUUGGGGCGACUUGCCGUGGUAGCGCUCGGCUUUUGUAUGAUGAGGUCGCCGAAAGUGCUUCCUCGCCCACCCCCCGGGGAGGGGAUCCUUGACCUGUGGCGCUGGGAGCGGGUGUCCACUACAUGAUGAUGAUGAACUCUGUAUUGCGUGGCCGCAAAAAGCUCCUCUUCCCUGUCAUGUAAAAACGCAGUUUCUCAUGCGGAAAACGUAACUCAGAACCAUGAAAAGAACUUGUCAUGCUUGGCAGCGCAUUGCAGUGGGCUCACGAUUCGCUUCUUUGCAUCACAAGUUUCCAGACCCAGACAUAUUUGCAUUUGAUACUACAAGUUUCGGUGCCACGUCAACGAAUACAACCCCUUUUCCGACGAGGCCAAAACCGGCGAGAGCGCGGGCGUGGAUCCUGACCACGUCUCGGCGGAGCUGGUGGACUCCGCCACGGAGGGGCUGAAGGGCGACCAUCUGAAGGCGGACGACGGGUCAAGGGCGCCGCGCAAGGUGUUCGUCAUCAACGUGCAGUCGAUCUACGCAGCCGUGCUGGAAAGCCUGUCGGACGACGCCAUGAAGGAGAGUUGGACGGGCAAGAGCUGCGUGGCGGACAUCGGCAACCAGGAGUUCAAGGCGACGCUGCGCGAGCACGUCCCCCGCACGGUGCUGCGCAGCGGGUUCUACUACGCGAAAAACGGCAACCGGGAGGACAUCCAGUUCAAGAUGCCCAAGCACCUGGCCAAACAGCUCCGGAAGCUGGAGGGGCUCGCGCACAUCCCCGGCAUGGGCAACGCGCUUUCGCACGUCACCCGAACCUAUCCACAGAAAAAAACCCAUCCACAUCCAUUUUUUGCAUGACAAACACAGAAUUUUAUGUGUGUUUUGCAUGACAUCAAAUUGGAGGAUGUGGAUGGGUGUUUUUUCCUGGAUAGGACCAUCCAGCGGACCUCCAAGGGGCCCAGUGAGCCGGAAACGGGGGACAUGGAGAUCCACCAUAUCCAAGGAAAAAACUUUGUUUGUGUAGGUCUUUUUGGAAAACAGCAUCACAAGUUUGUCUGCCAUGACAGGAAAAACUUGUCAUGCGCACAUAGGGUGGGAAAACACGUAGGAAACGAGCCUAUCAUGCAUGUGGAGCAUGACAAGGGUAGCUGUUUUGCAUUUUUUGCAUCACAGAGACCGACUUACACUUACACAGUUUCUUUCUUGCAUACACCACUGCGAAAACGACAAUUUCAUCGAGGAAGAUGACUUCGUUUCGCCCAUGACCAUUGAAACGUAUAUAAAAUUCUUGCAGGAGUCAAUGAUGUGUCUCGAGGUUCGUCAUGCGGCUACAGCUACCCUUUCUCCUCAUUGGUAAGUUACAGCUUGGGAUGUCAGUGUCUUGCUAUGAUGAACUCUGUCUUGCUAAGUAUUCAUUCAUCAACUUUCCAUCCACAACAAGGUACGUCGAGUACCGUCUCCGCGUUUUGCUGACCUUGUUCCAGAAGCAGGCCCCGCCGUUGUCGCAGCGGCUUUCCACGCUGGAAACCCUCGGAAUCCUUGUCACCGCUUCGGGCACGUUUCUGGCGGCGAUUCUGCAGCAGCACUGGGUGGUGUUUACCGUGACGCUGGCCACCAGCAUCUCCAACAUUUCGCACUACAUGUGUCUGUCGCCGCGGUUGUUAUGGAUUGUAAAAAUGUCUGGGUCUGGAAGAAUGGAAGGUCUGUCAUGCUCUGCCAGCAUGACCCCAAAGUCUGUCAUGCACGUUACCCAAGAGCCCCGUUUUUUUGUCAUGCAGAAACGCAGUUUGUCAUGCAGAAUAGGCAACACCUCGAAGCUCAGAAACUUGUCAUGCUGAGCCAGCACUUGUGGCCGCCUCAUGAUACGCCAACCAGCAUCACAAAUUUCCAGACCCAGACAUUUUUGCAGUUGAUAGUUGUCGAGCUUAAACCAGGCGAUCCGGGAUUUGCGGUCGGUGAUGAUCUAUCCUGUGCAAAAGUAUCGUACUCGUAUUGCAGUCAUGCAUUACAAAUUUUUUUCGUAAGGGAGAGCCGCAGUACAAAUUUGAUUUCUCAUGCUGAGGAAAUUUGUAAUGCAUUUAUACGAGUAUACUUUCUUGGCACUGCAUAUGAUCCUGAUGGACUCGCUCUCUGUCGUAGAGAAACGAACGGUGGAAAAACGCACCUACGCGGUCAGUACCGUGGAAAACGCGGUGCGGCUUUUUUUUGUGUUGCAGCACUACCUAUUUGUGCUUUCAUGAUCUGCCGCAAUUGUCGUUUGGACGGUCAUGCGACGAGAUGUAAAUGUGCAAGUGCAUCUGGACGAGGAGAAUGACAAUGAGUUGGUCACUUGUUUGUGACACACUCUCGAAAGUUAAUGUACAUAGAUAGUUCAAGUUGAAAAGCCAAAAGAAACAUGGAAUUACGUAUACAGGUCCUCGGUACGAUCACCGCCUGGACUGGCAACGCCGGCCGCGCACCUGGAGACACGCACGAGGACGCAUCCAGUAAAGGAACUGCGCCGGAAGGCUCGUAGAAAUAAACGCGUUGUAGUUUUCGCCUUUAACCGAUGUUUCCAGGUGGUAUCUCAAUAAGUACCCCUGAUAACGAUACUCAUCCAUGAACCCGGAUAAAGCUUGCCAAUUACGUAUUGUAUGAUUACAGUAGAUUACGAUUCCAAAAAAAGUCUCGUUUCGAAACAAUAAAUGCAACGAAACAAAAUUGUAACCUCGCGAAUGUGUUUUCGAUAUUAUUUCUCGAACCCAAGCAGCAUAAAAGCGAGCACAACUGCUAUGAUAGAUAAUGCGUCGCGGCUCAUUGCUGUAGCCGCCUUCUCCAAUGAGACUGAACUGAAGACGUUUCUUAUCUCUCCCCAAAUGAAAGCCGAAAGGAGCUCGCGAAU